CGCAGCGCACACCAGAGACCUCAACCCAACCUUGGAAAGAUUUUGAAAAGAAAACCUACUGAGAUGGCCUACCAAGCUUCAUUUACAGAAGAAGAUCUGCACUGCCCUGUGUGCUUUGAGCUCUUCACCAACCCUGUGGUUCUGGAAUGCAGCCAUAGUUUCUGCAAGACAUGCAUUGACAACUGCUGGAACGGUCAGUUCAAAAGAGUAUGCCCUGUUUGUAGGACGCCAUGUCUCAGUGAAAGGCCUCCGGCUAGUUUGGUUCUGAGGAACAUAGUGGAGAGUUUUCGAGUCAGGCAACAGUCUAGUUUAGAAAGGACAGAACAAUCCAUGGAAGAGAGUCAAGAGACGGAAUCAACACAGAGUCCUGAGGAGCGCUGUAGUGUGCAUAAAAAGAGAUUCUUCUUCUUUUGCGAGGAUGACCAGGAGGCUUUGUGUAUGGUUUGUCAGCGAUCUAAGAAGCACAAGGACCAUCAAAUUAUUCCACUGGAGGAAGCUGUCCAAGAACUUAAGAAAAAGGUGAGGCUCUCAUUAAGGCCACUUAAGGAGGAUCUAAUGACCUUCCAGACACAAAAGGAAGAGUGUCUUAGGACAACACGGCUCAUCAAGGAACAAACCAAACUCACUAGGAAUUUGAUCAAAAAGGAUUUUGAGCAGAUGCAUCACUUCCUGCGGUUGGAGGAAUCGGCACGGAUCUCAAUGCUGGAAGAUGAAGCAGAGAUGAAAGGUGAAAUCAUGCAGGAGAAACUGGAGGAUCUCAGCAAUAAAAUAGUCAGCUUCUCGGACACCAUCCAAAACAAAGAGACAGAUCUAGAAAGGGAAGAUAUCCAGUUCCUCCAGGCUUAUAAAAGCUACACCGACAGUGUUCCUUACAAUCCUCAAGACUCCAAAGUUUUAGUGCCAGAUUCUCUUGUAGAUGUCGCUAAACACCUGGGAAACCUGAAGUUUAAAGUGUGGGAGAAGAUGUUGGGACAAGUGCAGUACAGUCCCAUAAUAAUGGAUCCAAACACUGCAGCGAAAUGGCUAAAACUGUCUGAGGACUUGACCAGUGUACAUUACGGAGAGUUACAGUCAGACAUCCCAGAUAACCCAGAGCGCUUUGACCUCUGUGUUUGCGUUCUGGGUAACGAAACUCUCGACGCAGGGGUACACUGCUGGGAGGUGGAGGUGGCGAAUAAGACUAAAUGGGACUUGGGUGUUGUGAUGGAGUCUGUGAGCCAUCAGGGCAUUCUUAAUGUCAACUCCGAAUGUGGAUUUUGGACUCUGGCUUUAAGAGAGGGUGGCCAAUACAGUGCCAGUACAAAACCGUGGACUAGACUCUGCUUGAAAAGAAAACCACAUAGGAUCCGUGUCUGCUUGAACAACAACAAAAAGGAAAUCUCCUUUUAUGACCCACUUGACAUGACUCAUAUCUACACCUUCUCAAGUCUGCCCACCAAAAAGCUCAUUCCUUUCUUCUCUCCAUGUGUGAGCGAGCAGGGCAGUAAUACUGAGCCGUUGAGAGUUGUGCCAGUGAAGGUGGCAGUAACCAUCACUCCAGAACCAACUGACUGAACAUACCAACAUUCUCAAGAUAUCCCAUAGACUUUACAUUAUACAUGUCACAUACAACAAAGUACCAAAAUGACCAUGGCUUUAAUGUAUUGUUUUUGGACUUCUGGCAUAAAUAUGAAGCAUCUUUUCAUAAGCCUAUUCAUAGUUUUCAAAGACCUGGCGGGCAAAACAUCCAUAACUGCAUCAGAAGUCUGUCAAUUUUCAAUCUGUUUCCAAUCCACUAAUAUUUAGAUCAUGUCUCCGAAGAAUAAAACAAAGAUAUGUGAAGAAAAUGCUUGUUUUGGCCAUUUGCAAUUCAUAAAAAACACCAAUGGCAAACAUUCUAUUUAAACAGCAUGCCAUUCUAAAAUGAUUAAUGUGAAAACACUUAAAGUGCCUUUAAAGCAGUGAUAUUAAAAGAUCAUAUUCAGUACAGGCCUUAUUGAUGGUGCGUGCUGUGUACAAGCAGAUGAGCCUGGAAUAUGAACGCAAUGCGCUACAUGGCUAAAUGUUUUCUUUAUAACUGUUUGGUAUGAGUAAGAAAAUUGCACAUCACUAUGUUCAUCUGCUUGUCUGUGUAAAGUAUGUAUCAUCAAUAAAGUGUAUACUGAAUUUACUACAUUAUUACUUAAUG